AUGAGCUCUCCUGUAGUCGUUUACGAAGAUGACGCUAGCUACUGCUCUCAACACCUCAUCGAUCCGCUAUCCAGGAUCGUUAGCGUAAUCAACCUCGCUCUGGGGACCUCCGAAGAAGACGUAAGGGCAGCCUUCUGCGAGUUCGGGAAGAUCCAACACUGCUUUGUACCUCUAUCCGCACCCACCACCGCUAUUGUAGUUUUUUCGACCGUCGCCGAGGCACGGGCCAGCACGAGGAGCAUGGAUGGCGCCAUCGCCGAUAACAAGAAAAUCCGUGUGCAAAGAAAAGGUGUCGCUGCACGAGGAGGCCUGUCGUUACUCUUAAGAAUUGCUUGA